AUGCCAAAAUUCAAUAUUUCUCCCCAAGAAGACGUUCAAUUCCUUGAAAACCGUGAAUUAAUCACUGUUUACCCUGAACUCAAUUCUAAAAUCUUGGCAUUCUUCGGGAGCUUUUUUAGGGCUAAAUAUGAUCAAAAAAUAUCACUUAAAAAGCAAAUUAUCAUAGAGGCAACAGUUAGCAUAAUUAUAGCAGUUCAGUCGGUCUCGAUUAUUUGAUAUGCAUUAAUGCCUAUCAGCAAUUGGGAGAGCUAUUCGGUUUUUUGAGAGGUCAUGGGCUAUACCAAUUUGGAGAGUAUUUGUGACGCGUUUAAUAUUUUGGAUAAGUGCUUCUAUGCAGUGAUAAUAAAUAUUUCAUUUUGUGCGCUGUCAGUCUUUUCUGCUGGAAUUUUAAAUUUUUAUGGAAGAAGUCUGCCAGAAAGUGUCAUGGCUAUAUCAAGGAAAGUAUUUUUUAUGCUUACUACAGUGCUUUAUAUUCCGUUUUUGCUAGUCCUGCUUGAUACUUUUACAGAAUCAUCGCAUUUAAAUUAAAUUAAAAGUCUUACCUUCUUCCAGAUUUGAUGGCUCUGCAUAAUUCGACUAAUGCCAAUCUAAUUCUACGCGGAUUUUUAGUCGCUAUUUCGAAUAGUAGUCUUCUCUAGGAGCAAGGGCUCUCAAUAUAAUUCUCAAGAGUAUCAAUGGGUAAGUGAGACGCUCUGUCAGAAGGUCAUCGGGUGACGGCCACCUUUGGGAGAGGUGACACCUAGGAAAAAGGAACCACACCUUCCGGACCGGAAAGAAAAAAGCUGUGGCCCAAAAACCACUUGGAUAACUAAUACUUUUCCAUGGAGCCAUGACCAGCUGAUUCCCAAGGCCACCCUUCAAAGUGACUUUUGCGAUUAGGGCAGAGUUAUCUCUUCAAGAGCAUAUUAGUCGCAACCGCCAUAUUAAUUAUUCACAUUUAAAGGAAUCAGCAGGAUCUACCAGCGAAAAUAGUGGAACAAGUGCAGACUUUGAUAGUCUCGGGGUCGCAUUGAGUAUUUUUUUUAUAGUGAUUUUUGUGUUUUUAAAUGUAAUUUCCGAGUUUUUUACUGCAGAUUUAUCCCAUAUGCAUGUAGAAAUUAAUUUAAAAGCUAGAUCACAUUCUUCAUUAGAUUUGCUGAUUUGGUUGUUUUAUGCCGCUGAGUGCGUUAUUUAUUAUAUUGGGAGCAGAGACUAUGCAGUUGGGAGCCAAAUUGGAAUUUUAUCCUUAGCUGUUCUUUUGUGCUGGAUGCUCUUGGCAGAUUUCGCUUAUUUUAAUUCUACUGCUAGUGCAAUACAACUAUGCAAGCUGGUAUCACUCGUGGUAAGCUUGCUUUCUUUUUUACUAGCAGCUGCAAUUGAUGACAGCUUAAUAACCGUCCUUGGGUAUCUAGUUAUUCAGCCUUUUAUUUUGAUAAACACUUUUCGAAAAGUCAAGAAUCAAGGUCCUUUGAAAAAGACUGAACUCAAAACAAUCAAUGACUUCGAAUUAAGCAUAAGGAGCUUAAUGAUAGACCCAAAACUCGAAAAUAAAGAAAGGAUCAUAGACUUGUUUAACCGGUACUUUAAAUGCAAAUCUUCACAAAGAAAUAAGCUGGCCUAUAUAUGGGAGAUUAAUUAUUGCCUUCAUGGAUUAGAUGACGAGAGGCUGGCAAGGAUUAAAUUAUCUAGGCUCAAUAGUGUAGCGCAAUCCUUAGAAGGCGCAAUUCAAGAGUGAAAAAUUAGUGAACAGCUGAAGAAAAAUAUCCAAGAAAGUCCUCAGGAUAUACAGUAUAUCCAAUAUGUGCUAGACAUAGAAAAGACAAAAAACUAUGAUAUUGAUUUGUGUGUCGGACUUGUAAAUUUAUUGACAGAGUUUUCUAGGGAAUCCCCAGAUGUUAAAAAGCUAAUCACUUUUAUAUCAUCUGUCUCUGAUCUUGCUGCCAAAUCAAAAAGCUCAUAUGAGAAAAUUAAGAUUAAGAUUAAGAUUACGCUGGGUAUUUAAGGUCCCUACUACGUCCGAGGUCGCAUGCCACGGUUUCCCGUGUGGUGGCAGAGCGUUCACCAAGCCCGGGCCGAAACCCCGGUUUCUCGGUAGAGGUAUUGUCAAGGGCCGUCUCAUACCGGCUUUGCUGACCACCUCCAUUUCCAACUUGGAUCGUCGCCUAAGUUUACGCCAACUCCGCUUCGUCGUCCCGCCAGAUCUGCCCAUUGAAGGGCACCUUUUCAACUGGAGAGACCCCCGUUUUGGUGUCUAACUCGCCUCCCCUCUUUCCGGUCAUCCCGAGAAAGAACUCAACAGCUUUCGCCAUUCGGGGCGAGCCACUAAAGCAGCUUAGGCAGGUAAGUCGCCCUGCCUCAUUUCGGGCACUCACUGGGCUGAGCGCUGCUGGCAAAAAGAAGUCACGAAUAACUGCCCAUGGGUCUGGUCGCAAAAACAGCGGCUCUCGCGCUUAGGCCUCUCGCUUCGAGGUCCCAGACGUUGUUGGGCUAAUUCCUGGCUCCAAAAACCAUGACCGGAUAUACAUGGGUAACCACCACUGAGAGGGUGGGUGGGUCGCCAUACGCCAUUUUAUGUAUAUUCAUAUGAGAAAAAUAAUUGAUAAGUAUAAAAAUAUCGAAGCUUUCGACCUUUUUAUAUCUUUUUUGGAAAAUGUCCUCAGAAAGUUUGAUGAUGCUAAUGCGAUUAGAAGAAAAAAGAACUGGCUCACUGAAAUCGGCUCAAUAAUAAAGAAUGACAGCGCCAUUAAGAUUUUUAAUAAAAAAGUCGGGAUUAUCCUGAUCUCCGCAAACCCAGAAACUAUGGGCCUUAUUACACACAUAAACGAUAACGCAUCUAGGUACCUUAAGAUUUCCAAACAAGAAGCAAUAGGCAGCGAUUUAUCAGAUUUUGUUCCUUACCCUUAUAAAAUUAAUCACAGGCAGCAUCUUUUACACUUCACAUCACGAUGCAACGACUCAAACAAAGAAAUCACUCCAAUGUUUUUCGUGCAAGACCACCAAGAAUAUUUAUUUGACUGCAAUAUUGAGAUAAAAUACACAGCUCUCCACUACAAUUCUUAUUUCUUAGUAUCCUUGAAGCCUCACCAUUAUUCUCGUCAAAUAAUUUUGGUUUCAGAUGAAGGCUUUAUUUUGGGCUAUUCCAUGAAAAUCCCAGCUAUUUUUGGCUUAUCUGACCGCUGGACGCUCAACAGAUCAACUAUUUUUGAUUUUGUCGCUGAUUACUCAGAGAUGAGUCUGAACCAUACUUAUUAUAUUUUUUACAAAAACAAAAAACUCGCAGUUGUGAGACAAAAUUUACACAUAAAGUCUGUCACAAUUCACAUUGUUAUGGUCAUCAGCGAGCCAAGUCAUAUUGAAAUGCUGGAGCAAGGCUACACUUUGGAGCAAAUGUUUUGGGCCAUAAGCAAUCAAGGCUCAGAAAAAGAAGUUUCAAGAGAAAACAUAAUGGAAAGAGUGAAGAUUUUGUCAAGUAAGCAUGAAACUGACAUGGACUACUCAAUAAGCACAGAAAAGCUCGAUGAAACCCAGAUCGCUACUACUGAAAAAUGGCUAAAAGCUAACAAAAGUGACACAAAAUCCAACUUGUCUCCAAGCCAGUCUUCAACGCAGUCAAAAAGCUCGAUCCUCAUCACAAAUAAUUUCGUUUCACAGAUAAGAAGGGCUGUUAAUGUUUUUCGAGUUGUUUUGCUGAUUGCUGUCUUGGUCAUGCUUGGAAUAAACUUCGCGAUUCUUGGCGUUAUUUAUAGUAAUGUCUCCCAUUCGACGUCAAUACAGUCUUUUAAUGAUAUGGGGCAGGCUCUUUAUUGUAUAGCUUCAAUUGCUAAUCUAGUGAGGUCAAUCGAUCUAGAAUACAGGACUGGAAAAUAUAACUUAACAAGGGACACGGGAUAUUUGGAAGAGAAUAUGGUCAGUUUAUCUUUAUUGCAAAAGAAUCUGCUGGAUGACUACGAUGACUGAAGCUACUGCUCAGCGUCAAAAAUCAUGACUGAUAACGAAAUCCCUAUAUGAAAUUUUGCAUCUGGGACGCCAAUUUUGAUUUACUACAAUUUAUAUGAUGCUAUGCAGGAAUUCAUAAACUAUGUAAUUUACAUUUAGGGGCGAGACCUCCUGCUGCUGAUUGAGGAAAAAAAUGCAAACUAUAACCAAGAACUAUAUUUUUUGGUCCUUAACAGCUUGAGUUUUGGGUACCAUAAAAUUGAUCACUCGCUUCAAGAGCUUGUUGAUUGUGAAAAGAAUCGAAUUAAGGACUCUGGAGAUAACUUAAGAAUCAUUAUUAUCUGCGUCAUUCUUAUUCUUGGAGGAAUAGCUGCAUUUCUUAUAUCUUGCAUCGUUCUUAUUAGAAGAAAAUAUGAGAUGUUGUGGGCUUAUAUUAGGAUAAACGCUUUUAACUCAUAUGCGACUCUCAAAGCAUCAGCUAUUGACAGACUCUCAGCAAUCCAUGAAAUUAUACUGGAAGACGAAAGCAGACCGAACUCCAGCAAGCUCAAAGAGAAGCCUAUCAACACAAAGAUUUUAUUUAGAUACAGCGUCAGGGUAUUCUCUCUUGCUGCUUUGUCGCUUUCCUUUUAUCUAUUGACUUUGUUUUAUCUGUAUGUAAACUGUGAAGAAGCAAUGCAAAACAGACCUCAAUUGUUGUACAAUUUUAUUGAAAGAAGGACUCUGUUGUCUCAAAUCGGACUUUUUGCAAGAGAUGUAAACCGACCACAGAGGCUUCGUCGUUUUAUUAGAUCAGAACUUUUUGGUAGUGUGGCAAUUCCUAGGUAUUUUGAUCUCGAUGAUUUUGAUAGAAUUGUAAUGGGAUAUGAGGAAAAAGUUCAUAUAAAAUGGCAUGCAACGACCACAGAUGGUUAGGACUUUCCCAAACUCAUACGGACUUGCCAAUCCCAACAUUCAGCUAAAUUAUCUAAUUGACAGGUUUGCUAAGAGCGCAACACAAAUCAGAAAGCACAAAUACACAUCUAUGCUAAAUAACUACCUAUGAGAUAGAUAUUUUGAAAGAGUCGCAAAUUCAGCGCCUAUUCUGGCGUUUGGUACCAGAGCAGGGCAAUAUUCAAUCAUUUUUGACGCAUACAACCUGGCUGCCCCAAAUUUCACACCGGCUGACCAGAUGAUGGCUGAUUUUCUCGGAAAUUGCUCUAUAGUCCAAGAAGCCAUCGGGAAGAAUUAUAACUUGACUGAUCAAUCAACAAUAGAUGUGAUCAAUGCCCAGCUCUGAAAUUUCAUUUAUGUCACAAUUGCCUAUUGUGUGAUUCUUGCACUUCUAUACUGCUUCUUCUAUCUGCCAUUCUUGGCAAAGGAAAUUAGGCUCCUCUAUAAGAUAAAGAAAGCAGCCGCAAUUGUUGCUGACAAAUAG